AUGUCUCUUGUGACAUCAUCAUCAUCGUCAUCAUCAUCAUCCUAUUCUCCUUCUUCCAUCUCGUCUUCAUCUCCCUCUUUUUCUUCGUUCAGGAAAUCAGCCCCAUCCGUCACAGAUAUGGACAUGGAGUCCAGCCAACAGAAGCAGAAAGACGCCGCGUCACCUAUGGCGGGCCCGUCAGCCACAGCCGGGCCGCUCCAGCCGCCCACCGACCAGCGGAGCCCAGCACAGAAAUCUAACGACACGUACCGUGAGCAGAUCGAGAAGCACCACUCGGCCUCGCUCCCAUUCUGGCAGUUUGAGGCCCAGCUGGCCGUCGAGUUCAACGGUCUACUACGCAAGAAGGAGAAAACCCUCGAGUGUGUGACACGGUCGAUGGACUACCUCGACACGGCCUUCUCCCGGGUCCGCUUGUCGUGGGAGAACAUGGGCAUCUGGAACUACCAAUGGUCCGGAUUCCCCAAGCCUGCCUCGCGCUGGCGCCAUGAGGACCCCACGGUCCCACAGGACUGGCGAGCGGAGAAAACCCGUCCUAUCGAGAUGUUCGAGAAACAGGUCUUUGUGCUGUGGGACUCGGAAAUCCCCGAGGUCCAAGUACCUACAUGCGGCUGUGCUGCCGUUGACAAAGUGCGAAGCCACGAGCUCGCCCGCAUCCUCAUCAGGAACACCUGGAAGGCCAGAGGCAUCUGGGACAUACGCUGGGGCAAACAGCCUGGCAACACCUGGAAGCACGAGCGGCCCCUCGCCGACUUCCUCAACGACCCUGUCGAGUACGAGUACGAGUCCACCGAUGUCAUGCCCAAAUACGACAAGAACGCUCCCAUUGAGUCAUACUUUCCGAUACUCAAGGGCGACAAGGUGUACCCAGUGGCACGCAUCCCUAGAAGUGACGGCCAUACUGAUAAUAAACCCUCCUCAUCCUGUGUGGCAGCCACAACCACCACCAGCAACAGCAACAACACCAACAACAACAACAACACCAACACGACGAAGCCCCCCACUUUCACCCCCACUCCUUUUACUAUUCCUCUUCCUCUCACCAUCACACCAUCGGCCAACACCGCACCAGAGGCCAGUGCCGGACCAAAGCCCACGCCCAAGCCAAGCCUUACCGGCAAACCAAAGCUUAACAUGAUCGUAACUCCAACAACAGUGGCCAGGACGCCACCACAAGGCAACCGACCGUGCCCAAGGUUUGCUCCCUACCCAACUGAAGCCCGCCGUCGAGGGCCCCCUAACGCGCGCCCGAACCGUCGACGGAUCAAGGUUGAUACCCAAGGCAACAAGCGCGACGACUACUGGCGCGGGCGACAAGGCUUGUCCGAUCGCCACGACUUCUGGAGCGUUAUCUAA